AUGUUCUUUGAUGGAGCAGUAAACUCUAUAGGAUCAGGAAUUGGAGCAGUGUUGAUAUCUGAAUCGGGGCAACAUUAUCCAGCAACAACAAAGCUUAGAUUCCGAUGCACUAAUAACAUGGCUGAGUAUGAAGCAUGUAUUCUUGGCAUUAGAAUGGCUCUUGACAUGAAUGUUCAAGCAUUACUGAUAAUUGGUGAUUCAGACUUGUUGAUUCAUCAAGUUCAAGGAGAAUGGGCGGUGAAGAAUCUUAAAAUCUUACCAUACGUACAAUUAGUAAAGAGAUUAUGCAAAAGAUUUAGGAAGACUGAGUUCAAACACACACCGAAAAUACAGAACGAGCUUGCUGACGCCCUUGCAACCAUAUCGUCCAUGAUACAACAUCCAGAAAAGAGUUAUAUCGAUCCAAUUGAGAUAGUUUUAAAAGAACAACCAGCACAUUGUUCACAUGUGGAAGCAGAAUAG